AGCAGGACGUGGAUGGCCGCAAAAAGCUGUCUUAAAAAAUUGUGCUUAUGUACGAAAGAUGUCGGGACUGUCACAAACAGAGCGCGCAGGAUGCACAAAGAUACUGAACUUAAUGUCGAAAGAUGACCUGCUUUCACUCAGCGACACUGUCACCAAUAAGAUGAUAGUGGUGGAGAAUAUUACGGAGGCCACGGAGACGAUCCUCUCCUUCACUAAAAAUGCAGAGGAGCUCCUGAGACGAAAGAAGGUUUAUCGUGAAAUCAUAUUCAAGUACCUGGCUAAAGAGGGCGUGCCGAUGCCCCCAAACACCGAGAAACAUCAGCUGGUGAAGAGGACACUGGAGCUAUGGUCGUCUGGGAAGGUGGUUGACGAAAACCGUGCAGGAGACAGGGAUGACACCAGAAAGAGAAAGUCCACAGAGGCACCAUCUGAUUCCAUUGAUGUGAAGACUGCGGCUAGCUUCAACCCACUGGUCCUCGGACAGCAGUUCUGCCAGUGGUUCUUCCAGCUGUUGAACAGUCAGAACCCGUCACUGGGUCAGCAACCUCAGGACUGGGGUCCACAGCACUUCUGGCCAGAUGUGAAGUUACACCUUCUCGCCAGAGCCGGCAGUGAACAGUCAGAAGAGUUCCUGGGUGCCGAACUGGUUAGUCUUCGUCUCCUCGCCUUGACCAAGGAAGAGCGCCUCCUUCUCAGCCCCAACCUGGAGCCUCAUGGCCUUAAGGCGCUGGCGUCCCCCCACGGCCUGGUGCUGGUGGCCGUGGCUGGGACCAUCCACAGAGACACAGCCUGUCUGGGUAUCUUUGAGCAAAUAUUUGGCCUCAUCCGCUCCCCACUGGAGAAGAACAGCUGGAAGAUCAAGUUUGUCAACCUGAAGAUCAGAGGGCAGGAUGCUCUGGGUGGCUCAGAGAUUACAGCGCCCGCCUUGACUUAUAACUCCAGUGAACUGCAGCUUCUCUGCAGGUGAUGUCAUUCAAGAUACUUAAAAAAAACAUUAUUUAUCUGGGAAAGGCUUGACUGGGCAUACGCUGUCUUUACUCGUCACUCUUUUAACAGACCCAUAUACACUGAUGCAGGUUGAUGGGUUUAGAGAUUGGAACUGGCAACUUUACUAGCAGAAAUCAGAAAUCUUUCUUAUUUAAGAUAGGUAGGUGGGCACUCAUGCAUCUGAAUGUACUUGGGUCAUCAUUGAUGUAAAAA